AUGGACGAGGAGUAUGCUGGCGAUGAUGCCAAGUCUAAGCGCGUGGUGAGACUGUGGCGAGCAUGGAGGACGGUGCACGAGAUGAUAGCGGAUCGGGAAUACGAGUUGGCUGAGGACGAAGUCAAGAUAUCCCUGGACCGCUUUCGCGAGGAGUACUGCCAGCCUGACGGAUCGAUCAACCGCGCGAAGCUCAACUUCUCGGCCCGCCCGAGCGAGUCGAUGCUCGCCAAGAACACGCCCCCCGCGACGGAGGCGAACCCGAACCCGACGCCGGACUGCGGCACCGUCUGGGUCGAGUUCCUCAACGAUGCCUCGUUCGGCGUGACGCAGAUCCGCGCCUUUGCGCGCUACAUCAUUGCCAACAACUACAAGACGGGCAUCAUGGUGACGCAUGUGGCCCUGAGUCCCGCGGCGCGCAAGUCGCUGGCCUCGAUCGAGGGUCUCGCCAAGAUCGAGUGCUUCCUCGAGGACGACCUGCUGGUCAACAUCACCCACCACGAGCUGGUGCCCCGUCACGUCGUCCUCUCCCGCGACGAGAAGUCGGCCCUGCUCAAGCGGUACCGCCUCAAGGAGACGCAGCUGCCCCGCAUCCUGCAGAAGGACCCCGUCGCCCGCUACCUCGGUCUCAAGCGCGGUCAGGUCGUCAAGAUUAUCCGGACCAGCGAGACGGCUGGUCGGUAUGCCAGUUACAGGCUCUGUGUCUGA